UCUGCAGUCCACCUACCUUGCGGCCCAAACGAAUCCCUCGCGGUUGCGUUCACAGCUCUUCGUCCACUACCACAAUGCCAAUAAUACGGAGAAGUGCGUCUACGAGUGGCACGAGUCCAGUCCUAUGCCCAACCCCUAACCCCCGCCCAAAAGAAACAGCUAUACGAUGUGGAUCUGUUGGCCGUGCUGCACUUCCAGAGUGCGCGGCCCGUACCCCUGCUGCAGUCGCUACUACGCUGCCGUCACAAUGACUACCACCUGGUUCUCCUGGCACGCAAGAUGCGCACCGACAGCGAGGUGGUGCGUCAGUGCGAGGAACUGCGCUCCCAGCUGCAAAGCACGGCCCUCAAGCAACCGCUCAGCCGCAUGCAACAGCUGGCCAUUGGCCAUACCAGUAUCGCUGGCUUCGCGGCCUUCUUCGAACGUGCAGACCAAGAGCCGCUCGGCUGCGACGAUACACCAAUCGACUGGGAAGCCCUGAUCGACGAUGCAGUUGCUGCAGCCAUGGCUCUGUCCACCAUGGGCUACAUGGCGCAGGCCGAUGAAGCCUGGCUGCUGAUACUCAAGAUUGGGCAAAUGCUGGACGAGAGAUUCACCUACCUGCGAGCCCUGACCCACUUCCUGGGACAAGACCACCUGAAUUCUAACCAGCAGCUCCAACUCUCCGAGGAGGUGGAUCGAGCGCAGGAGCUGCUCGACGAUCUGUGGCCUCAGCUCCAAAACGGAUGGUUCUCUAAGCGCCAACAUACUAUAGUGAUGCUCUGCCUCUGCCACAUGGCCAGCUACUAUGCGCGGCAGGACUGUCUGUGCCACGCCCAGCUGCUGUUGCUGCAGGCCGAGGAGCUGCGCGCCCAGUUCGAUGAGCGAGUUGGCAAGAGCGACAUUGUGCAGAUCACAAUCCAGACAGUUCGCUUUCGAUUGGACUACAUGCGGAAGAAGCGGUGCAGCAGCCUGCCUAGGAGGCCGUCGCCCCUGCGACAGCUAGACACGCUGGUCGACAGCGUGCGCAACUACUGCACAGUGUCCAGCGUGGACCUGGGAGCUCUGCAGCUGCUGCUGGCUGACCUCGUGAGGGAGAGCACCGAGUGUGCGGCCAAUCGGCUGACCGAGCCGUUUACGCCUUUUACGGCACCACGCUUAACCUGGUGCUGCAGUCGGGUAUGGCCCUGCGGACCAUUGAGGUGCUCAUCUCGUGGCUCUGGAUGAACCUGCAGAAUGAGUACCUGGACCAGGCGCAGUCCAAGCUGCGCCUCCUGGACCAUUUGCUCGCCAUCAAGCCGCUUAGUCGAACGCUGGUGGAGCAGA